AAAUGGUGAUUUGCUGAAAGAAAGAAUGGGCAAUAUAUCAUUUUCUAAUACUUAACGUAGGGAUAUUGACGGGACGAAACAAACGUGAGGUUACAGAAUACUAUACCCGUUCAAGAUAAUUGACUGUACCUAUAUAAAACUCUCAGGCGAACUCUCACAUAGUUGACUAUUAUAUCUGAACUCGAAGCAGAGUAUGCACUAGAAUUGGCAAUAAAUUACAGGAUCAGUUGCAGAGAUGGUUUCAGUGCACGAGAGAUUGAAGAAAUUCGUGGGGCACAGAUGGAUGGUGUUUGUGUGUGCAAUGUGGGACAUGUCGUUUGCGGGAACGUCUUACAUGUUUGGGAGCAUAUCGCCGGUGAUAAAGAGCAACAUGGGUUUCAACCAGAAGGAGGUGGCUCUCUUGAGUGUGGCCAAGGAUUUGGGUGACAACGUUGGACUUCUAGCUGGGAAAAUCAGUGAGACAUGUCCCACUUGGGGUGUUAUACUUGUUGGGGUGUUCCAGAAUGUUGUUGGUUAUGGCCUUGUUUGGCUCAUCGUCACGCACAGGUUUCCUUCUUUGCCUUUGUGGGUGCUAUGCAUUCUAAUCUUUGUGGGGCAAAAUGGAUCAACAUAUUACAACACAGCUGCUCUCGUUUCUUGCGUGCAAAGUUUCCCUGAAAGAAGAGGACCCGUGGUGGGAAUAUUGAAAGGCUUCGUUGGCCUAAGCGGUGCAAUUUGGACUCAAAUAAUAGCCAUGAUCAAAAUCCCUGAUCAGGCAUCACUGAUUUUCAUUAUUGCAGUUGGACCCGCAAUGGUUUCGUUUGCUCUCAUGUUCAUCAUAAGACCUGUUGAGAGUUAUAGACAAUCUAGAUCUUCCGAUGACUCAGGAUUCAUGUUUAUCUACAGCAUUUGUCUUCUGUUGGCUGCUUAUUUGAUGGGAGUUUUGCUGCUAGAGAAUAUGCUUGAUUUGGACCAGAGCAUCAUCACAUUAUUUCCUGUUAUCUUGAUCAUUCUCAUCUUGCUUCCAAUUAUAGUUCCUAUUCUAUUGGUUUUAUUCUCUGAUCCCAAAAGUCCUGAUGAGGAAGCCCUCUUGGAACCACCAAUGCUAGCAGCAACUAAAUCUAUGCAUGUGGUUGAGGAGAUUAGUACUACUAGUAGUGCUAAACAUGUUGUAAAUGAGAAGCAUCCAAAUCUAGAGGUGCAUACAUUAUCAGAAGGGCCAAGGGAUGUAUUUCGAUUUCAAGCUAGACUUUGGCAAGCAGUUACCACAGCUGUGAAGAAAAUCAAGCGAAAAAAUGGCCCCCAUAGAGGAGAGGAUUUCACCUUAUCACAAGCAAUGGCCAAGGCUGAUUUUUGGAUCAUGUUCUUCUCUCUAGUCAUGGGUGCAGGAUCCGGGUUGACAGUGAUAAACAACAUGGGUCAGAUAUGUCAAUCCUUGGGAGACGACAAUGUCAAUGUGUAUAUAUCAGUUAUCAGCAUAUCGAACUUCCUUGGUCGUGUUGCUGGCGGCUACUUCUCGGAGGUUAUAGUAAGAAAUUUUGCGUACCCGAGAAUUGUUGCAUUGGCAGUGAUUCAAGCAAUGAUGUCUUUGGGACUCUCCUAUUAUGCAUUGGGCUUGGUUGGACAAAUUUAUGUAGUGGCUAUAUCUACGGGUUUUGGAUAUGGUGCCCACUGGUCAAUUGCCUUAGCUGCAGCUUCAGAACUAUUUGGGUUGAAGAACUUCGGAACUUUGUACAAUUUUCUUACUGUGGCAAGCCCAACUGGGUCUCUAUUUUUAUCUGGAGUGGUAGCAAGCACAAUAUACGACUAUUAUGCGGAGCAGCAAGCCAAACACCGUAUGAUGCAAACUUAUGGUGCCUCAACCAACUUGGCAAUGCCUUAUGUCACUGGAAAUAAUGAGUUGCUUCUUUGUGAGGGUAACAUUUGCUUCUCCCUAACAUGUGCAGUCUUAGCAUUUGUUUGCUUAUUUGCUGCUGCUUUAAGCUUGAUCAUAGUUCACCGGACUAAGAGGUUCUAUGGUCAACUUUAUGGGAAGACUCGAACUUGAGUGGGGUAUAGCAGAGGAAACACUUGUAAUCAUUAAAGAACUUUGCUAUAUAAUAAUCCUCUUUUUGUAACUUAAAUAAAGAAGUGCAUUCAUUUGUUAUCUUAAAAUAUGAAAAUAAUUUAUUAAUUUCUUCGUUUUGUAAUUAAGAGAAUUUGUAGGCAUAAUAGGUAAGAUGAUUUAGAAUUAUUCAUCAUGGGAGUAGAGACCGGAGAGUCUAAUGUAGUUUGAAUAUUCUGUGUUGAAUCAAUGUUAUAUACACUGUUCUCCCAUCUCUCCUUUGGUCUCUUAAGUUUUAUUUUUGUAUUUGUACCCUUAUAUUACUCUAAGCAUACUCUUGUAUGCCCACCUACAGUAUGGGGUAAGGAUACGACAUUUUUUU